GGCGUGAGUCCAGCAGCAGCUCGAUAUCGACGAAAGAAGCCCAGCCCAAUCAAACCAAAACCACUCUCUUUUCAAUCCCGAGAGAGAGAGAGAGAGAGAGAGAGAGAGAGGCGCUUUUCAAUCCCUAGAGAGGGGGAGAGGGAGAGGGAGAGGGAGAGAGGUUCCAAGCUUGAUUUCAAUCCCAGAGAGAGAGAGAGAGAGAGAGGCGCUUUUCAAUCCCUAGAGAGGGAGAGAGAGUGGUUCCAAGCUUGAUUUCAAUCCCAGAGAGAGAGAGAGAGAGAGAGAGAGAGUGCAGAGCUUGAAGAAGACGAAGAAGAGACUGUCAGAAAGCAGAAGAUGAAGACGACGAAGGGUGGCAAAGUCAUGAACCCUACGGAUGCAUAUCGCAAGGAGCUCCGCAAGAAGGAAUUGAAAAGGAACAAGAAAGAAAGAAAGAAGGUGAGGGAAGUGGGGAUAUUAAAGAAGGACCCUGAGACGCUCAGAGAACAGAUUGAGAAGUUGGAAAUGAUGAAGGCGGAUGGUGCUCUGGACAAAGCAAGAAAGCACAAGAAGAGACAACUUGAGGACACACUCAAUCUUGUUUUAAAGAAGAGAAAGGAAUAUGAAGAGAAAAUGCGGGAAAAGGGUGAAACCCCUGUUAUGUUCAGUCAUCUGGGACCCCCUCGGAGACGGACAACUGCAGAAGAAGAGGAGAGAGUCAAGCACCCAAAACCUGAAGACUCUGUAUAUUAUCACCCUACACUCAAUCCUACUGGAGCCCCACCGCCUGGAAAGCCUCCAAUGUUCAAAUCAUCAAUAGGGCCCAGAAUUCCGUUGUCAGCAGCUUCAUCGAGUGGUGCCGCAUCAUCAUCAAAGUCCGAGCUGGAAGAUGCUGCUUUAGCUGCCCCUCCUCCGCCUCCACCACCUCCUCCUCUGCCAAACACUGGUGAUUUGGAACCUGAAGAUGGCUCUGUUGUACCUGCAUCUUUGCCUCUACCCCCACCACCUCCAAUGCCUCCGAAGCCUGUUGCAUCAGAUUUGGGUACAUCUUUGCCACCUCCACCUUUGCCACCACCCCCUCCUGGUCCUCCCCCUAAAGAAAAAGUUGGGAUUCACCCUCCUCUUCCCCCACCUCCACCUGCCCAGCAGCCUGUGCAGCCACCACCUCCUGGCACCAUUGGAGGCGAAAGGGCUAAAAAUCAAUCUCCAGAUGACAUGACCACAAAGGAACCUGCUCAGGUGCGUACUAUGCUACCUCCACCACCUCCUCCCCCUGGAUUGCCAGUGAAGUUGGCCAGUAAUCAGUCUGAAGGUGGACCUUCUGAAGCUGAAGCCAAUAAUACUCCGGGAACCAACGAUUUCCCUAGAAUGGUUCCGCCACCACCUCCUCCAAGGCCACAGCCUUCAGUGCCGGGGGCUGCAUUGGUCCCAACUUUACAGCCUGAUAUAUUGCCUCCCGGAAUUUCACGAUUUCCCCCACCACCUCCACCAGAUAUGCGGCCGCCAUUAUCUGCUCCAGGACUUCCCGGCCGAGCUGCUACACCUGGAAUGGUUCCAAUUAUUCCAGGUCCUCCUUUUGGACCUCCCCCUGGACCUCCUCCAAUGAUGAGACCGCCACUUCCACCUGGUUCUCUUCCAACCCCACAAGAAGGUGAUUACACUACAGGUAGACCACCUGUGGCUCAAAAGCCAUCAUAUGUGAAAUCAGCUGCUGCUACUGUUGUUAAGAGGCCUUUGGCUCAGCACACUCCAGAGCUUACAGCUAUGGUUCCUGCAUCUGUACGCGUGAGAAGGGAGACUCUGGUCCCUAAAGCGAAACCAAAAUCAUCACUCUCGGCCGUCCCAACAGCUACCAAGCCAGUAGCACCUAUGCCCGUGAAGCCUGAAUUGAACCCCUCAUCAGCACCAAAGGGACACAACAUUGAUGACUCGUACAUGGCCUUCUUGGAGGACAUGAAAGCACUUGGCGCUCUUGACAGUUGACAUUCUUGAUGGCAAGGACUUGAAAGCACUUGGUGCUCUUGACAGUAGAAAUUCUUUGAUGGUGAGGUGCACCAGGAGAACACGAUGGCAGGCAUCUAAUCAAAAGAUGAAAGUGCAGGGGCCAUCGAGAUACAAAUGCAAAAAUGCUCGCUUUUGCCAAAUUGACCUUUGCUUUUUCAUCUUUGAUCUGCCAUCAUGGAACCAUUCUUGUAUUUAUGGUGUUUCAUUUCACCAUACAAUUUUAAUAUGCGCAAUGUGUACAUUGGGGUCUUACUUCCCCACAGUGAAUGGAUGACAGCCAAUUGGAAAUA